ACUAGCAGGUAAGUCCAAAACACCAAAAGAAAGAGCUUCACCUGUGUAUAAAAAUUCAACCAUCCAAAUUCAACGAGAGAGAAAUCAAACGAAGUCUCUCUCUCUCUCUCUCUCUCUUUCUAUCUUAUCACUGUCGCCGGAAAACCUCGACAGCUCUGUCAAUGGCGUCGGUCGGAAUCAUCGCAGGAAUCUUUUUCCUCCUGUUAGCGCUCUACUGCGGGCUCGACCCCCUGAAACACAGCGCCAUCUCGAAAUUCCCCGACUUCGAAGCCCACCGAGUGGACCUUCCGCCCUGGUCGGCGAUCCCGUCUGCUAGCGAUGAUGAGAACCAGCUCCAGAGAGCCGAGGUUCGGUUCUUGAACCAAAUCCAGGGUCCGGAGAGCGUCACUUUCGAUCCGCUCGGGCGUGGGCCCUAUACCGGUGUUGCCGACGGCAGGAUCUUGUUCUGGAAUGGCGAGUCGUGGAAGGAUUUCGCUUAUACCUCAGCGAACAGAUCAGAGUUGUGUGAUCCAAAGCCAUCGCCUUUUGGCUAUUUAAAGAACGAGCAUAUAUGCGGGCGCCCGUUGGGGAUCCGGUUUGACAAGAAAACUGGAGAACUGUACAUAGCUGAUGCAUAUUUUGGGUUAAUGAAGGUUGGCCCAGAAGGUGGGGUGGCGACAUCGCUUGUUACUGAGGCAGAAGGGGAGCCAUUGAGGUUCACAAAUGAUUUGGACUUGGAUGAUGAAGGGAACAUUUAUUUUACAGAUAGUAGCACCAAGUAUCAGAGGAGGAAUUUCAUGCAGCUGGUUUUCUCUGCGGAGGAUUCAGGGAGGCUACUGAAAUACAACACUGUUACAAAGGAAACUACCGUACUUCUUCGGAACCUCCAGUUCCCCAAUGGUGUAUCCAUGAGCAAGGACAAGUCUUUCUUUGUCUUCUGUGAAGGAUCCCUUGGCAGGCUAAGGAGAUUCUGGAUUAAAGGUGAAAAAGCGGGGACAUCAGAGGUAUUUGCCAUCCUACCUGGAUUCCCUGACAAUGUAAGAACCAAUGAGAAGGGUGAGUUUUGGGUGGCGAUCCACUGCCGUCGUAGCAUGUACUCCUACAUUUGCAGCCUCUAUCCUAAGCUGCGGAAGUUCUUGCUCAAGCUUCCCAUUCCAGCCAAAUUUCAGUUUCUGAUGCACAUUGGGGGCCGCCCACAUGCGCUGAUCAUGAAGUACAGCCCGGACGGCCAGAUAUUGGAAGUUUUGGAGGACAAGCAAGGGAAGGUGGUUAGAGCAGUUAGCGAAGUGGAGGAGAAGGACGGGAAGCUAUGGAUUGGAUCAGUUUUGAUGCCGUUCAUCGCUGUUUACUGAUAGGAUCACAGAUAGGCAAUUAGCAUCUUUUUAAGCUGUGUUAGAUGACAAAAUGCUGUAAUUGUUCUUCGUUACUAGUUUUCGUUUUUGUUAGUGACAGCAGAGAUUUGGAAUUGCUAAGUUAUAUUUAAUAUAAAAACAAUGAUUUUGCAUACA